AUCGUUUCGGGAGCCCCCAAGGACUUGAUCACCUCCAGAGUAGUAAGAAUAUACAAGGAAUCCAAGCCUGCUACGCAAUCGGGACACUACAACGGUCAUCUCUGGAAAUUGGACUGGGACGUCUUGGGCAAAAGUAACAGAUGGGAAAACGACUUGAUGGGGUACCAGGGCUCUGGUGACUACAUGCAAGGAACCAUAAUGAAGUUCGACACCAAAGAAGCAGCCAUCAAGUUUGCUGAGGGCCAAGGCUGGGACCACUAUGUUCAAGAACCAAAGACCAGACACUUCAGAAAGAAGGACUACUCCGCCAACUUCUACCACUCUGCUGGACCUUUGAAACACAUUAGAACCAAGUAA